AUGUGUUGUCAGAAUAAUCUAUCUAUCUAUCUAUCUAUCUAUCUAUCUAUCUAUCUAUCUAUCUAUCUAUCUAUGUUUGUUCAUAGGCUCUCUAGCUGUCAAUCAAUCUAUGUAUCUCAGUCCGAUAAUAGUCUAUCUAUCUAUCUAUCUAUCUAUCUAUCUAUCUAUCUAUCUAUCUAUCUAUCUAUCUAUCUCUUUCAUUACUUCUAUCUAUCUAUCUAUCUAUCUAUCUAUCUAUCUAUCUAUCUAUCUAUCUAUCUAUCUAUGUUCAUAGGCUCUGUAGCUGUCAAUCAAUCUAUGUAUCUCAGUCCGAUAAUAGCCUAUCUCAUCUAUCUAUCUAUCAUCUAUCUAUCUAUCUAUCUAUCUAUCUAUCUAUCUAUAUCUAUGUUCAUAGGCUCUCCUAUCUAUCUAUCUAUCUAUCUAUCUAUCUAUCUAUCUAUCUAUCUAUCUAUCUAUCUAUCUAUCUAUCUAUCUAUGUUCAUAGGCUCUGUAGCUGUCAAUCAAUCUAUGUAUCUCAGUCCGAUAAUAGCCAUAUCUAUCUAUCUAUCUAUCUAUCUAUCUAUCUAUCUAUCUAUCUAUCUAUCUAUCUAUGUUCAUAGGCUCUGUAGCUGUCAAUCAAUCUAUGUAUCUCAGUCCGAUAAUAGCCUAUCUAUCUAUCUAUCUAUCUAUCUAUCUAUCUAUCUAUCUAUCUAUCUAUCUAUCUAUCUAUCUAUGUUCAUAGGCUCUCCUAUCUAUCUAUCUAUCUAUCUAUCUAUCUAUCUAUCUAUCUAUCUAUCUAUCUCAGUCAAUUCACUAUCUCCUUUUUCUUUCUAUCUAUCGAUUCAUGAUCUCACUCUUUCUCUAUAUCUAUCUAUCUAUCUAUCUAUCUAUCUAUCUAUCUAUCUAUCUAUCUAUCUAUCUAUCUAUCUCAGUCUUUUCAUAGCCUCUCUAUCUAUCUAUCAAGGAGACAUUCAUAAAAAUAAUUAUAGCCCACAACAUGGCCUUGUCCUUUCCCUUUUAACGUUUUUUUUUUCAUUUUUAUUCUCUGUUUUAUUUUAUCCUUCCUUUUUUCUUUGCUUUCUUCUUUUUAAAUUGAUUUUUUUGUUUCUUAUCCUUUAUUCGUAUUCUAUUUGUCUUCUUCUUCUUCUUCUUCUUCUUCUUCUUCUCGGCUUUCUUUUUAAUUCAUUUUUCUAUCUUUUCAGCUUUCACUUAUUCUCUUUUCUUCCUCGUUUUUUUUUCUAUUUAAUUUCUUCCUCUUCUCUUUCAUCCUUCCGACCUAUUCUUUUCUUAUUAGCUAACGUAUUCUUUCUUUCUUCAAAUUCUUCGUAUUCCUGUUUGAUUUGCUUCUCUUUGCAAUCAUAUUCUCCUUUUUCCAUUCCCAAUUGCAGACUUUGGUUCUCUCGUCGAAUUAACAGGAGAUAA